GUGUGCAUAAAAGCUUUUGGUCAAACAAGAUGGCGAAAAAUUGGAAAACAGAAUCAUUUGCGUGCUGUUUCCGAAAGUUUCUCUAAAAUAAAGUGAUUUAUUUUAAACAAAAGUAGUUAGUAGUUAGGUAGUUAGCAUGUCCUGGAGCUGAGUCAAUAGUUUGGCGUUCGUUUAAUCUGACGGCAUCAUUUCGGUAACCCGGCCAAUUUGCAAGGCCACAGCUGCAAGAAUCCAGAAUGUUCUCGUCGCGGCAGUUGGAAUGCGGUUCGGUGGUUCCGGGAGAGGUGGAGAGUACGGAGAUUAUCUGGACAACAGGUCAUCGACGUCCUCCGUUUCGAACCACUCACACGCUUCUGGCUUGCCCUCAACGUGCGGUGUGUCACAGCAUGCGCCAACACCGGGCGACCAACGAUCUGCUGUCGGAGCUGAGCGGACUUUUGCUGGACAGUGCCAACGCUGGCGGCAAGUUGAUCCGUUUUGCAAACCUUUUUAACAAACCUGUUCCGCCCAGCCCUCUAUCGCGCUCAUUCAAAACAACAAACAACACGACCUUCUCCCUGAACUUCCCACCGGAAAUUGGCUCUACCUCAUAACCCACAAGAUCCCCCUUAUUAGCACCUUCCCCGACCCGGACAAGUAGCUGCUUCUAGCGAUGGCAGAGUGAGUUGGGAGAGCAGAGGGGUUAUGACGAGGGGACCUGGUGGAGGAGCGAUUCGGCGGUCCAACUCAACGAGUGCACCCUGACAGCAAAGCGAUGCUGCCAAAGUCUGGUCACUUGCCAACGCCAUGCCAAAAGAGGUUCCCGACAUCGAUCGUGAUUGCUUGUGAAAGUCGUGAAAGUAUGUUAUUUAGAAUGUAAAUUUAAGAAUAAAAAAACCUGCAAACUUGUUUCAAUAAAAAUACAUAAAUUAG